AUAGCCCCAUGUUCCAAGUUGGGUAUGAGUGGUCCUUAAAGCGCUUGGAUCUAGGCGUUGUGUGUGAAGCAUGGAUUAAUUCACGGCGUGCCUUUUUUCUUAUGGACAAGUUGUUCCUCCAAGGCGUGAGAUGGAACGGAAAGACCAACCAAGCAUGCAAUAUCAUCGAGAGAGUAUGUAGAGUGCUUUUGGUUGCCGAGCCUUCAACAUGUGGCUUUCUUUGAUCUGGGUCUGUCUUGUCUUGGUAUUGGUACAAGGGAACAAUAUUCUACUGAUCUAUGAAAAGGACGACCUUGAUAUGUUCAACUUGUUCAAGAGCAAUGUCGACACAGCCUUAGUCACUAUCUCCGAGUUGGCCAUGAACCACGACGACGAUUUAGACGAGGGGCCUUUUUGCGAUGCCUUGGGUAGUGAUCAAUUCGCCCUGGUCGUGGAUUUAAGUUGGAGUGGUUGGAAGGUGGCCAAGACCAAGUCAGACGACCAAGGAAUACCCUACGUCCAUGUUGAGGCUUCGAACCAAGCCUUUGUUCAGGGCGUUGAUGAGUUUCUCUUUGAGCGUGAGGCCAUUGAUGCGGCCCUUCUUUUCGAGUCUGAAUCGGAAUUGGAUCAGAGCCUUUACCAUAUUAUUGGCAACUACCAUCUGAGGGUGCUGGUCCUCAGUAUGACUGAGAGUAAACCCUUCGAGCGGAUGGCUGACCUGAGACCGAUUCCAUCGGCCUUUGUGACCUUUGGCACCACCCAGGAACAAACCAAAAUGAUCGAUAAAGCCAUCAAGAACCGUUUGGUGCGGCGGGAUUCACGCUGGAAUUUUGUGGUGGAGGACUUUGAUGCCCCGAAUUUCGCCGUUCAAGGCGUUGAAGUCGAUAUCAUCAUUGCGUCCAUUGCUCAAGAAAAUUGCUGUCAACUGGCUGAGAAACCUGGAAGUGGUUCGGCGUGCCAAUCUGAUUGCACCGCUGGGAAGAAACCGAAGCAUUUUAUUGUCAAGAAGGCUGCUCAGACCAUCUCAAAAGUGGUGCCAUCCUUGGCCCCAAAACAAUAUCAGUGCUCUACUCCAGACACACCCAAAAACGAAUCCCAAACCACCUUCACCACCGCCAUGACGUCAGCAUUAGAGGGUAGCAAUUACGUUCUGAACUCCAAAGGCACGUUCAACUUCCCACUGAAGAUGGAAUUCCAAUUGGUUCACAGUGCCAACAACACCAAGGAACUCGCUGCCACUUGGUCCCACACAACCGGGGUGGAAUUUGUGCCCAAAUUUGUCAACAGAACCAUUCCCCGUUUCUUCAGAGUGGGCAUGUCCGUAGCGGUGCCAUGGCUCUAUGAGAAAAUGGGACGCGAUGGAAGCCCCAUGAAGGACACCAACGGAAACAUCAUUUACGAAGGAUACUGCAUGGACCUACUGAAGAAGAUCUCAGAAAAGUUGUCCUUUGAGUAUGAAGUGGUCAUUUCCAAGGAUCAAAGCCCCGGCAUUGCGUAUGGGAAAAAGGACGACAAUGGGGACUGGAGUGGGAUGAUUGGCGAUUUGGCUCGGGGAGACACGGACCUCAUUGUGGCCGAUCUGACUAUGACCUCUGAGCGUGAAGAAGUCAUUGACUUUGUCUCACCCUACUUCGAUCAAGCAGGGAUUUCGAUUGUCAUUCGCAAGAGGGUCCAAGAUCAAUCUCUGUUUAAAUUUCUCUCCGUUCUGAAGACUGAGGUCUGGUUGGGAAUCAUCGCAGCAGUUAUUAGUACUGCCAUUUUGAUCUGGUUACUAGACCGAUACUCUCCGUAUUCUGCUCGGAACAACAAGGCCGCUUAUCCUUAUCCCUGCCGAGAUUUCACGCUCAAGGAGAGUUUCUGGUUUGCUCUAACAUCUUUGACCCCUCAAGGAGGUGGAGAGGCUCCCAAGGCUCUUUCAGGGCGGGUUUUGGUGGCAGCUUAUUGGUUGUUCGUGGUACUCAUGUUAGCCACAUUCACCGCCAAUUUGGCAGCCUUCUUGACAGUUGAAAGGAUGCAGUCCACCGUUCAAAAUCUGGAGGAGCUGGCUCGCCAAUCUCGAAUCAACUACACCGUGGUGGAAAAUACCACUUACAUGGAAUACUUCGUAAACAUGGCCGGAGCCGAGGAAGAGCUCUAUCACAAGUGGAAAGAGCUCACGCUGAACAAUUCAGGUAACCCGGCCAAAUACCGAGUUUGGGAUUACCCCAUCCGAGAGCAAUACACCCACAUUCUCAAGGUGGUCAAGGACACUGGAAUGGUGGCUAGCACUCAAGAAGGCUUUGACAAAGUUCUGGCUCAAUUCGAGGGAGAAUAUGCCUUCAUACAUGACGCCGCUCGAAUCAAGUAUGAGGUGUUAAAUAAUUGCAACUUGACCCAAGUUGGAGAGCCUUUUGCUGAGCAACCCUAUGCUCUGGCCGUCCAACAAGGCAGUCACUUGCAAGAGGAGUUGUCUCGAGUCAUUUUGGAACUUCAAAAAGAUCGAUACUUCGAGUCACUCCAAAGUCGAUACUGGAACAAUUCCAUGCAGAACAAUUGCCCAGUACUGGAUGAUUCGGAAGGUAUCACCCUUCAAUCUUUGGGAGGCGUGUUCAUUGCCACUUUAAUUGGCCUUGGUCUGGCAUUGGUGACUUUGUCGGUGGAGGUUUUCAUACAAAAGAGGAAGGACAAGUCAAAGGUUCACGGUUUUGGCUCAAAGAGAAGCUCUGGAUCGCGAACUAUGGAUCCCAUGGGAGAGCUGGGACCACCCAGUAAAAUGAAAGGCAUGCCGUCGAUCAUUGGGAACUAGAUUCGGACC